AUGUCGAAAGAAUUAUUUAAUUAUAUUUUUGAUUCAAAUGAUAAUGUUCAUUUAAAAUCUGAAUCGAUAUUUUUUCAACAUGAUUUACCUCGAAUACCUGCACCUAUUUGUUCUCAUUUAUGUAUACGACAUCGUCUACUUCGUCUUAAUUAUCAUAUUGUUUCGCCUAAUCAAUCACAAAUUGCUUUAUGUAAAAAACAUUUACAUAGACAUUUACAAAUAAAUGAAGAAGAAAAAUUUUUUUCAAUUUCAAAUAAAAAUCUAGGAUUAAUUUCUAAUAUUAAUUAUUUAAUUAAAAAAAAUAAAUCAUAA